GCCAAUUCCCUCGAAACGACGGCAGUGGGCAACAGCGGCAGCCAUGUUUGCGACCAAAUCAAAGUUGAAGGAACCAACGAAGGAGCCGCCUCGUCGCCCCGAUUUCUGGAUCGAAACCUGCGACUCCGUCUCCCAGAUAUGCCGCUUUGAUUCCAAUGGGCGUCUCUCUGUUACAAUUGCAAGCGACUCAAGACCUAUAAUACAAAGAGUGGUUGAAUCAUUUCUUAACAAAUUCUUUCCAUCAGGGUAUCCAUAUAGUGUGAAUGAGGGCUACUUGACUUAUACUCAAUUCCGGGCAUUGCAACACUUCUCAAGCGCUGCAUUAUUUGUGUUAUCAACUCAGUCGCUUCUAUUUGCCGCAGGCUUGCGUCCUACCCCUGCACAAGCAACUGCUGUAAACUGGAUUCUAAAAGAUGGCAUGCAACAUGCUGGCAAACUGAUAUGUAGCAAUAUGGGAGCUAGAAUGGACUCUGAGCCAAAGAGUUGGAGAAUACUAGCUGAUGUGCUUUAUGAUCUUGGUACUGGUUUGGAAGUUGUUUCACCUCUAUGCCCACAUCUUUUUCUGGAAACAGCAGGUUUGGGAAACUUUGCAAAGGGAAUGGCUGUUGUAGCUGCAAGGGCUACCAGGUUACCAAUUUAUUCCUCUUUUGCCAAAGAAGGUAAUCUUAGUGACUUGUUUGCGAAAGGAGAGGCUAUCUCUACCCUUUUCAAUGUACUUGGAAUAGGAGCUGGGAUUCAAUUAGCUUCCACAGUAUGCUCAUCAAUUCAAGGAAAGUUGAUAGCCGCCCCUCUGCUUUCCGCGAUACACAUCUACAGUGUGGCAGAAGAAAUGCGAGCAGCUCCUGUGAACACCCUUAAUCCCCAAAGAACGGCCAUGAUCGUAGCCAAUUUUCUCAAGAGCGGAAAAAUCUCUAGCCCAGCUGAUCUUAGAUACCAAGAAAAUCUUAUCAACCCUGGUCGCGUCAUAGAGGAAGCAGGGAACGUGAAGGUCGGGCAACCACUUAAGAAGGUCGUGAAGAAUCUGUCGACCCUCAAGGAGCUCAGGGACAUUUUUCCGAGCGAAAAGUUUCUCAUCAACCGACAAGACAAGCUCACUUAUAUGUCUCUCGAGCAGAGUGCGUCGGGCGAGGAUGCAUUAAGGGGGUGGCUGGUGGCUGCUUUUGCUGAUGCCAUGGAGAAAUCAGGUCAUGGCUCGGGGUCGCCGGUGUUGUACGCAGCUUAUGAGAAGAUGGAGAGUGUUUUCCCAACCUUCCUUUCUGAAGUGAAGAUGAGAGGCUGGCACACUGAUCAGUUCUUGGACGGAAAUGGCAAACGGUAUGCAUUUUGAAAGUGUGGAUUUGUCGUGAUCAUCUCAAAUCCAUUUCAAAGAGUUGCUGUAAGAUGAUCCACGUUUGCAAGAUUGUCUAAUUGGAUCGGGUUAAAUGGACUAGUUGGAUGGGUCGGGACAGUUAACCCGUUUGAUAGGGUGACCGGGUCGAACACACCUAGUGAAGUCGAUCUAGGCAGACAAAACAGUUAGUCAGAUUGUGCGAGCAAAAUAAAUCAGACAAAUUAUUCAUACCAAAAUAUUGUAUAAUUUUUGUAUGUAUUUUUCAUAGUAUUGCUACCAAAUGAAUAU